ACACAUUCUGCUCCUUUAAGAACAUAAAAAUCAAAACACAUUACUCAUAAACGCUUCAGUAUAUGUUUGUGUCGUAAUGUAAUACAAUAUAUGCCAUAGAAAAUGCAUUUAAAGCCAGAAUUCAGCGCUCUGUUGUUGUUAUAAAGGCGUCUCUGCGGCCCCUGAACGCGUCUCUGCGGCCCCUGAACGCGUCGCACUGUUCCUUUAAGGGGGCCGAGCCUGCGCCCGUGCGAGGCUCCGGCGCGCUGCUCAGCUACCUGCUGCCCACUCCGCGCUCCCACGUCUUGAUUGGCCGUCUUGGCCGAAAUCCUCUUGAAUGAUUUCAAACCCUAGUGUUUGGACAAGAAGGAGGAGGAGGAGGAGGAGGAGGGGAGGCCGCUGCUGCUGCUGCUGCUGCUGCUAAUUCCGACCGAGCCGAGCCGAGCUGAGCUGAGCUGGGAGAAGGUUUGAAUCCCUCCGUCCUCCGACGCAGCGCCUCGGUGAAAAGAGGCUUAAAUCCGAGCAGGGUGUUGUUGACGGUGGGACGCGUUCAGGAGCAGGAGCCGCUGGAUACACCAGAAACAAACAAAGCUCUUUGCUUUUAUUUAUUUAUCUAUCCAUCAGAAGUCUGGUUUAGAUUUUCUUUUUAGAUUUUUUUUUCUGUGCGUGUUGUUUUUGUUUCCCAUCGUUUUUUGUUUUUUUUUGUUUUGAAUGGAGCGAUGUCCAGCGGACACGGGACGCGCUGCGCUGUGCUGACGGGACCAGAACCGGAUCGAACAAAAUCACCGCGGAUCGAUUUAAAAGCCAUGUGUUGUUAUUUAGAGUGAGUAGUGUGCGAUUUUUUUUUAUUAUUAUAAACCAGAUUAAAAGAAAACAGGAUUAUUAUUGUUAUAUUUUUUUUUAGACCAGUGAAGGAAUUCGGUCAGCAUCAUUUUCAUAUUUUCAUUUCCACCAUCGGCCUGUUGAAGCGGACCACACAGCGACACUCGCACCUCUCUGGAAGAUGUAUUUUAACACGAUUCCGCAGCUCAGGCUCGGUUAGAGGAGUUUUUGAGAGUUUAAUUGUUCGAGCCCGGCCGAUUCACAGACCUCACAGAGACUCGCAGAACAGACCGUCAUGGCUAAAAACCCGUCCGAGGGGCCGAAGGAGGAUCUGAGCCAGCUGACGGACGAGGAGCUGCUGCGGUGCAGCAAGGACGAGCUGCUCCGGAGACUGCGGAGGGUCGACGGCGAGAAAAUGAACUUGAUGAUCGAGCACAGCAACAUGAUGAAAGACAUCAACCGGCGGCUGCAGGUGCACCUGCACGAGAUCCGGAGCCUGAAGGAGAUCAACCAGAAGCUGCAGGACGACAACCACGAGCUGCGGGAGCUCUGCUGCUUCCUGGACGACGACCGGCAGAAGGGCAAGAAGCUGUCCCGGGAGUGGCAGCGCUUCGGCCGCUACACCGCCACCGCCAUGUGGAAGGAGGUGGGCACCUACAUGAUGAAGCUGAAGGAGCUGGAGGCCAACCAGGACACCGUGCUGCGGGAGAACUCCGAGCUGAAGGAGAUCAUCCUCAUGCUGGACGAGGAGAGGAACGGAGCCGGGUCCAGGAGCUCCAUAGACAGCCAGUCCAGUUUGACCAACCUGAACGGGGGCACCGGUACCGUCAGGGACGUGGGGGACGGGAGCAGCACGUCCAGCACGGGGAGCGCCGGGAGCCCAGACCACCACAAUCACAACCACAUACACAAGCCCAGCACGGAGAACAGUAAGUUGGGCCCCACCAUGAGGAGGUCCAUGGAUGACCUGUCGGCACCGCACCACCACAGGAGCAUCCCCAAUGGACUCAAUGAUCCCUCCUCCAACUAUAUCAGGCAGCUGGAGACGAAAGUGCGGAUCCUGGAGGACGACAACAAUAAGCUCCUCUCGCAGGCUUAUAGCCGGUAUAGUUUAUCACAGAUACAGACCAAACAGCAGUGUAACCCAGGUGACCUCCGAGCCCUGAGGAAGGGGAUGACCCUGUACCACUCAGAGUCCCAGCUGUCCUCGCUGCCCCAGCGCCAGGACGCCAUGCACAUGGGUACCGGCCGCCUCCCGACCAGCGAGUCCUCUCCGGCCACAGGCUACCUGUCCUGCGUCCAGAAGCCUGAGGCGGUGGUGCACGCCAUGAAGGUGCUGGAGGUCCACGAGAACCUGGACAAGCAGGCUCCUGAGGACUACGAGGACGACCUCAGCGAGAAGGAGAAGGCCAUCGUGCGAGAGAUGUGCAACGUGGUGUGGAGAAAGCUGGGUGAUGCAGCCGGAUCAAAGCUGUCCAUCAGACAGCACCUCUCUGGGAACCAGUUCAAAGGGCCGCUGUAGUGUGGCAACCCGCGAGCCAGCGAGCGAGCGCGCGAGAGAGAUCAGGAUUUACAGUACCUACGCUCACCUGAAGACACCUCGUACUACACAACCCAUCAUGCCGUGCUCCCCACUGCCUACAGCACCCAGCAUUCCUUCAACGAACUCUUUAAGACUGGCUAAGAUGGCAACUAAAUGGACCCGUUAGUCUGUCAUUCACAUGUACAAACAUGUUUUUUUGGGUUUUUUUUGUUUUGUUUUCUCUCUCAGAGCUUACGGAGCAACUGGCAGCUAGUUUCACUGAUUCGCCGCCUUUCCCCUUCGAUGGCCGCACAGCAAUCUCUCUUCUGUCAAAACCUACAAAACACACACACACAAUCACACACACUGCUUUCAGUCCUCCACAGCGUAGCCGAGCUACACCGAGCUAGCGAUACGACAUGGUUUCAAGCACAGCAACCCGGGACGUGGCCGGCAAAAGGGGGGCAGAAAAAUCUCCUCCCGCGGCGCCGGGAUCGUGGCGGUAUCUUCAGAUUUAAAAGUUUUGAUAGUACCUCCCAUAGAAACCCCUCAGCUCCUGUCACACGUAUCGCCCCGCCCCCUCCACCCUAGUUGUCGACGAGUAUAACUAGCAUUAGCAUUCUCAAGUGUUAACUGAUGUGAAAACCCCCACUGUGACCUAGCGCCUUUUUCGCUCAUACGACGAGUCUAUGGAUAAUAAAAAAUAACAAGUCUAGAGAUCACUGUUAACUUUGUUGUAUAUUAUGUAUAAAACCAUAGCACUACUUCUUUCAUUGUUAUCGUUGAUUUUACUUUUAUCUAUUUUGUAUUCUAGCGUGGCCAUGUGAUCAAUUAUUUUUAGUUUGGAGAAGGAAAAAAAAAAAGCACACAAACACACACAUACACACACGUACACACACAGUCGGACCUUAAACAGGGUUUGCUUUUUUUUUUUUUUUUGGUAAAAAACAAAACAGCAACAAAAAAAUGUAAAUGUAAUCUUUCUUUUUCCUGUUUCUUUUUUUUUUUUUUUUUUUUUAAUUCUUUUCCAGAUUAAUUCUUAUUAUUCCUUUUUUUCCUCUGUAACCUUCUGAAGAUGUAUCAAGGCCACUCUGAUCUCCACGGGCUGAUGGAUAAGAUCAUUUUUCUUACUUGGUGAAAUUAACUAAAAAAACAAAAACAAAACAAAAAACAAAUGAACUGUAUGCUGUGUGCAUGCUUGACAAUCAUGUUCUCAGGUCGGGAGGGCUACAGCUUUACCUUCGCCCCACGUUGUGACUGCGUGUGUGUGUGUGCGUGAUGGCGUGCAUGUGUUGGCGUGGACGGCGGCGUGAAUGGCUCUCUUGCAGCUGUAGCAUCUGCCUGUGAAUCCUCUCUUUUUUUGUUUUCUUCUCUCUCUCUCUCUCUCUCUCUCUUUAUUGAACCCUGGUUACAACUCGGUUGAAGACUGCUGAAGGCAUUUGCUGGAUCCAUGCAACAACAAAACAAACAAACAAACAAAUGUGGUUCUGUUAAUCGUUUCGAGGCCAAAACGCUUAAAAACCCCUCAGAUCUUGGAUCGCUCCUAAUUCCUUGUCGUCGUGGAUUCAGCAGGUGUGUUUACGCGGCGCAUGUUUCUUAAAUCUUUUUUUUUUUUUUUAAUUUCUUUCUUAGAAUACGAGAGAUAAAAGUCUUCCCUUUAGAUGUCUCCUGAAAAACACUAACAUUUAAAAGAAAAAAAAAAAAAGUAUUUCUUGAUGUCAGAGUGAACAAACGCUUUGUUUGUCAGAGUAUUUAUUGCCAGGUGUCAGAUAUAGAGACGUGGGAGCUAUCUGGAACAGUCGCACGUUGAAUCGAUCAGAUUCGCUCUCUGACUGUAUCGAUCGGUUUAGCGGCGGACAGCUCGGACUCUCCCGUCUCUAGUGUUGUUUGUUCCAAAUUAGAACAUUUCCGAGGCCGCCCGCCAUGCGCCUCCGCUCUCUCUCCAUUAAUGGGUCAAAAAAUAAAAUCAAAGUAUGGUUUUUUUUUAAAGUGUCCUUUUUUCUAGGAACUGAUUUGAAGCCAUGAUACAAUUUUGAAUACUAUAUAAAUAUAUAUAUAUAUAUAUACACAAGGCAUUUGAUUUGAGAUGUGCCACAUUUUUUUUCUGCAUGGUGUUUUGAUUUGGAACCCAACUGUCUUUUCUUUUUCUUUCUUUCUUUUCUUUUUUUAAACAUCUAUGGUGUUUCUCUUUUUCUGCCUAUAUGCUAAAUAAAAAUUAAAAAAAAACAAGAAAAAAAAAAAAAACCACCACCACAGUACAGAGUCGUAGAAAUCUACAGCGUUUCGUGUCAGCAGCUCCUGUAGUGACUAUCAUGGCUGUAGCUUCUGUUCAUGAGUUUCACCGAUGAGAUGGAAUGUUUGGCAGGUGAAAAGGAAACAUGACAUAGGCCACUUUUAGGAGAAAUAUUUGGGAGACAAUAAACAAAGUUGCUUAAUGAUA